UUCUGUUGAAGAAAGAAGAGAAAGAAAAGUCAAACUGACAAAUGAAAUAAUAAAGAAGCGACUCCACAGUCAGAGACAAAACAGGACAAAACAAACAAACAAAAACAUUAACAAAAAAAAACAACUUUAACAGCAGUCAGUCGAUCUAAGGGUUCACUUCCUGGUUGAAGAUUCCACAUGUCGUGUGUUAACCAUUAGCUGAUCCUGUCAACCUGGAAUUAAAUAUUAAAAGUUCCCUCUCUGCUCAGAAACACACACACACACACCGACACACACACCGACCGUUAUCUCUGCUGCCAAACCAGUGACGGUCCAGUAAAGCCGCCCAUCGCUGGGAUACAACACCAGGAAUUCUCGAUGGUUCCAGCCAGACCAGAGCAACAGAACGGAUACAGACAAAGAGGCUGAGGAUGUAUGGGGCUUUGGAGCAGUGGUUCUUGCUCCUGCCUUACAGUAAGAAGGUCACCGGCCUGAUCCUUGCAGGUACUGGACCUGAUGGUCUCUGUGUGGAGGAAGUUCUAGUAGCAGCUGCUGCGCCCAGAACCAGAACCAGGACCAGGACCAGAACCAACACCAACAGUCUCUGUGGACUGUGGCGCUCCGGUCCGGUCAGCAGCUCUUCAAAACCGCGGUCCUCACGCUGCACACGGUGGAGAAGAACUAUCCCUGCCUUCAUGUUCCACACAUACACGCACACAGAAAAUCCAAUGUUCACCAUCACUGGACAAGAGUGGAAAGGGGCGACAUCGUGCGGCCGACCAGAGCAAGUGACGCAACAGGAUGAAGAUGUUGACGUUUUUGACUCGAAGCAGACAUUUAGGAGUAAACUACGUCAUUUAUUCAGUGAAGAAUUGACUGUAGGUGUGUCAGACCUGCCCUCGUUACCACCGUUACCACCGUUACACCGUGCUCCUGCCUCCAUGGCUGCUCCUGCCAGAUUCCCUGUAAUAGAUGUUGACACGUCUGCUGCCAACUGGACCGGUGCAGAACUGGGGAGGCCUCUGUGUGUCAACGGGACACAGUGGAUAUUUUACCUGCUGGGGGAGUGUGUGGUUAACGUGUGGGAGUACAGCAGUGUGGUGAUAGGAUUCGUAUCCGUGGUCUGUUUUCUGCUCUCCACUUUACCCCAGGUCUGUGAGGCCUAUCGUAAUGGGAAAGUGGAGGAGGCCAUGUCCUUUGGUUUCCUCUUCUUCCUCUUCAGUGGUGACGUGACCAGCUUCGCAGGCUGCUACCUCACCGGUCAGAUGCCCAUUCAGGUAGUCGCCGUGGUGUUCUACAUCUUCACAGACCUGAUCCUCAUCUCCCAGUUUCUCUACUACAAGAUCAAAAACAGCUCCACCAAGAAGACUCCUGUGUUGAAGUGGUUGUGCUUCACCUGGUGCGCUGCUGCUACGCUCGUCCUCCUGGUUUUAUCCAAGCUCAUCAUACGUGAUGGCUCCACCGUAGACUCUCAGAGUCCGGCGACCUCAGGGUCAGUGGAGGUGCCUGGUUAUGUGUGUGGAUACCUGGCGUCCAUCUUCUACCUCAGCUCCCGUGUCCCCCAGCUCUAUAAAAAUUUCCAGAGGAAGUCGACAGAGGGCACGUCCUACCUGUUGUUUGCUCUGGCCAUGAUGGGCAACGGGACGUAUGGGCUGAGUGUGAUGGUAGUCCUGCCUGCACUGAGGGACUCCAAGACCAGGUUCAUCAUCAAACAUCUGGCCUGGCUCAUCAGCAGCUUCGGCGUCCUCGUACUUGACUUAUUUGUCACUGUCCAGUUCAUCACAUACAGGAGAAACAACUCAUCUAACGAGAAGGCCCGACUCAUCAUGGCAGAGGGGAAACAUCUGCUCUAUGAAGAAGAAGAAGAAGAAGAAGAAGAACUCUGAGUGGGAUGACACUCACCUGGACACAAAGUAGCACAAAAACAUUCCUGUGAUUGAAAACCUUCCGUGAGCUUUAAUUCAUACUUGAAUUCAACCGUAUUUUUACUUCGAGAUCCUGACUGUGUGCUGUGAACCAGACCAACAAGUGCCUUUUAUGACCUGUUUCUGACGGAGAACAAACAGGAACGACUGCUGCAGAUUGUGGUCGUGAGUGUUUUGUUUUUCUCCGUUUGUGUGAACACAGUCUGAGGGGACAGAAGUUUGAAUUUUGUUGUGAGAACAUAUUUAUCUGCACAGACUGGUGCUAUACAUUGACUCAGAGUCAGGGAGAGUGUUGUGUUCAGGUACUCUGUCCUGAGGACACGUCCAUGUUUUAUCUCUGUCUCAACUUUCAGGAACGUCUUAUAAAUGCACUUUGUAUCAUUUUGAGGAUGUUUUUUUAGUAACAUAUCAUUUUGACUACUUUUAUUCUCUGAUGAAGUUAUUUAUUUAGUUCCAUAUUCAACGUUGCAGUGGACUCAACACUGACUCUCACUUUUGUCAAGACGUCCGUGAGAUUUUUGUUGGAUUUACAACAGCUGUAGCCACUCUUUAUUAUCUACCUCUUAAUUAUUAACCUGUUCUCUGCUGAACAGUCAGUGGUGUAAUCAAUGAACGACUGACAUAAAGUCAUCAUUUCACUAUUCAAACUUUGUCCCCCCUUGUGUUAUGACUGAUAUAUUUAAAUUAAGACGUGUGGGAUUCAUUUUGUACAAUGUGGUGAGAGGUUCUGGAUUUUUAACUCCUGGUUCACUGAUUCACAUAUGUCUCAGUAAUAACAACCAUGUACUGUAAAGCACAAAUGUGAAAUUACUGUUUGUUUCAACUAAAUAAACAACGAAAACGAUUUAAAGCUAAA